AUUUGUCCUGUUUGCGAGUCAAGCGAGUGUUCGUCACUUUUGUCUUUCUCUGCGGGAUUAAAAGUGACAAACAUCUUUUUGUUUCGUGCUGACAUCAUGAACUUCUUUUUAUUCUUUCUUCUGGUCGUGCAAAUGCACAGCGUGACGCCUGUGAUUCACACGCUGCAGUAUUUCCACACUGCAUCCUCUCAAGUUCAAGACUUCCCAGAGUAUGUGAGUGUUGGUUAUGUUGAUGGAGUUGAGAUUAGUUACUAUGACAACAACAUCAGGAAAGCAGAAUCCAAACAGGACUGGAUGAACAAAAUCACAGCAGAGGAUCCAAACUACUGGCAGAUGGUAACAGAGAUCAGUGUUGGUUGUGUUCACAUUUACCAGAGGAUGUCAGGAUGUGAAUGGAAUGAUGAGACUGAUGAGGUUAAAGGUUGGUAUCAGGAAGGUUAUGAUGGAGAAGAUUUCCUAUCAUUGGACAUGAAGACAUGGACAUAUACUGCAGCAAAACCACAAGCUUUCCCUGACAAACUCAAGUGGGACCAGAACAUACCUAGACUAGACUACGAUAAGUAUUAUUACACUGAGCGUUGUCCUUCUUACUUGAAGAAGCAUGUGAAGAAUGGGAAGAAGGUCCUAAUGAGAACAGAGCUUCCAGAGGUGUUCCUCCUCCAGAAGACGCCGUCCUCUCCGGUCACCUGCAUGGCGACAGGUUUCUACCCCGACCUAGCCGACCUGUUUUGGAGGAAAGACGGCGAGCAGAUGUUCGAGGACGUGGAGCACAGAGAGCUGCUCCCCAACCACGACGGAACCUUCCAGAUGUCGGUGGAGCUGAAAGUGGAGGUGACGGCCGAGGUGGAGGGCAAGUACGAAUGUGUGUUCCAGCUGUCUGGCGUCAAGGAGGACCUGGUCACCAAGCUGGAGAGAAGAAGCAUCCCGAGCAACACAAGCCAUGAAGGUGAGAAAGACACAUUUAGUUGGAGAUGUUUCCCAUCACAAGUCCACCUGUCACCAUUAUUGAUCCAUGUCACCAUGACAACGCUUGACGUCUGCAUGCAAAGUAGUCAUGAAGGUUUCCUCUUCAUGCUUUGUCACUCCACUUGUGCUUUUUUGCUCUCCACAGACAACUGGAGCGUCGCCCUCGCUGCCACGGCGGCGGUCGUCGCUGUGGCGGCCGUCCUGGCGGCCAUCAUCAUCGUCAUGGUCAGGCGUCACAGAAACAGACAAGCCCAGUACGAUCCAGCUCACCCUCCUGGGGCAUAUCUGACUUUUGACAUGAGUCCUCAUGAUGAGGAUCAACCAAAUGAGACCUCAAGUGUGCUGACUCAUCAAGAAGCUCGCCACGGCGGCGUGGAGCUCUCCGAGAAGGUGGCGGCAGAAGGCGAAGGCUGA